UGCAUCGUCUUUUUCCACGUUCCAGCCCUAAGCAUCUUGGGAAGGAGAAAGUGUUGACGAGUCAAACACCAUUUUUCCCUUUGAAAUGUGCAAGUCCUUGAAUUGUUUUCAAACAUAUUUGUAUACUAUUUUAAAGCUUGUUUAAACUGUCGUGGCAACCAUUGAAAUGGGACGGUUGAGUCGCACAGAGCGUAGCGGCAGAUACGGCGGCAACGAUCUGGGCCGGGGUGAGUCAGAGUGGCGUGAGAGGGGAGAGCAGGACAUGCGCCGAUGGGGAGAAGAGAGACACAGCGAACGCUACGAUGGAGGAGAACGCCGGGGGAGCAGAGGCAGUCCAGAGCAGAGAGACAGGAAGCGACGGAACAGCGAUAGAUCUGAAGACUGUUACCACUCUGAUGGAGACUACCCUGAGCAGGAAUACAGGGAGGAGCCAGGGGAGGAGAAGGAGAGUAAAACCAUCAUGCUCCGGGGCCUAUCUCUUCACAUUACAGAGGGAGACAUCCGAGCUGCCCUGGACCAGCUGGAGGGACCCCAGCCAAUAGAUGUCCGCCUGAUGAAAAAGAGAACAGGUAUAAGCCGAGGUUUCGUCUUCGUGGAGUUUUAUCACUUGCAAGAUGCUACCCGAUGGAUGGAGACCAAUCAGAAACUCCUGGUCAUCCAAGGCAAGAGUGUGGCCAUGCACUACAGCAUCCCGCGACACAAGUUUGAAGACUGGCUCUGCAACACUUGCGGCCUGUACAAUUUCCGGAGGAGGCUGAAGUGCUUCAGGUGUGGAGCAGCUAAAGCUGAGGGUGAGACCAACACCACUGGAGUCACAGAGAUCCAGCCGAGUGGAGACUACUACGGCGACACAAUCAUCCUGAGGAACAUAGCCCCUUUGACCACGGUGGAGGCCAUCUUGACAGCCCUGGCCCCCUACGCCAACCUGUCACCCAGCAACAUCCGUCUCAUUAAGGACAAACAGACGGGCCAGAACAGAGGCUUCACCUUUGUACAGCUCUCCUCCCCUCUGGAGGCAUCUCAGCUUCUAACCAUCCUACAAGGACUACAGCCUCCUCUCAAGCUGGAUGGAAAGACCAUUGGUGUGGACUAUGCCAAGAGUGCCAGGAAGGAUCUCUUGCUCCCAGACGGUAACCGGAUCAGUGCCUUCUCUGUGGCCAGCACAGCCAUCGCUGCUGCCCAGUGGUCCUCCAGCCAGCCUCAGCAGGGUGCUGAAGGACAUCUGUCAGAGUACAGCUACCUAGAGGAGGGCUACGCUCCCUACACACAGGACUACCAAGCCUACUACCAGCAGGCAGCAGGAGACCCUUCCCAGGGGAAUGGAAUACUGGGAGCGGCUCCAGGUGUCCCAGCAGCUACAGGAGUGGUGAUCUCACAAGGUGCACAGGUCUACCAAUCCAACCUCAUCAGUCACACUGCCACACAAGCGUUGCAAUUGGCCCAGCAACUGGAAGCCAAACAGACCGGAAUUCACUCGGCAGCUGCGAUGACAGCGCCGGUUUCCACAGCCACAGCGACACUCUCUGGACUGGCCACUGACACAGCUGUACCUGAUACCUCUACCUACCAGUAUGACGAAUCCUCUGGCUUCUACUUCGACCCUCAAACAGGCCUCUACUACGACCCAAAUACCCACUACUACUACAACUCCCAGACGCAGCAGUACCUCUACUGGGACAGUGAGAAGCAGACGUACGUCCCUGCCUCAGCCGCCGACCAAACUGAGCAGAGUGCGAAUGCAUCAGCAGCAGCUAGCAACGAGGCUAAGGAAUCCAAGGAGAGGAAACAAGAAAAGCCCAAGAGCAAAACGGCUCAGCAGAUCGCUAAGGACAUGGAGCGCUGGGCGAAGAGUCUGAACAAGCAGAAGGAGAACUUUAAGAGCAGCUUCCAGCCCGUCAGCCAGGAGGAGAGGAAAGAGGCCGCGGCCGCUGACGCAGGCUUCACACUCUUCGAGAAGAAGCAGGCUGGAAGCUUGGAAAUGCUGAUGUCAGAAGCAGUGCAGCGCCCUGAGGAGCAGGCCCCAACCAACUCAGCCAAGGUUGGUCUGGUGGCAGCCUAUAGUGGUGACAGUGACCCAGAGGAAGGGGGUGCAGCAGAGCCGGAGCACGGUGGUGAGCAGGACCAGCUGACAGACUGGAAGAAGAUGGCGUGCCUGCUGUGUAGGAGACAGUUUCCCAAUAAGGACGGCCUGGUGCGCCACCAGCAGCUCUCAGACCUCCAUAAGCAAAACCUGGAGGUCCAUCGCAGAUCUAAGCUGAGUGAGGCCGAGCUGGAGGAGCAGGAGAGGAGAGAGACCGAGAUGAAGUACAGGGACCGGGCUGCGGAGAGGAGAGAAAAAUACGGCAUCCCUGAACCCCCAGCACCCAAGAAGAAGAAAUUCACUGCACAGCCAGCACCAGUCAUUAACUAUGAACAACCCACCAAGGACGGUCUGAACAGUGACAACAUAGGGAACAAGAUGCUGCAGGCCAUGGGAUGGCAGGAGGGCAGAGGUCUGGGCCGUAACCAGCAGGGCAUCACUGCGCCUAUAGAGGCUCAGCUGAGGGCAAAGGGGGCUGGUCUUGGAACCAAAGGCAGCAGCUACGGCCUGUCUGCCUCCGACACAUACAAAGACGCUGUCCGCAAAGCCAUGUUUGCCCGCUUCACUGAAAUGGAGUGAUUUGCCCAAUCCACCUGCCUCCUAAGAAUGGACACAUCCUUCUGGACCUGGGCCCAGAUUCACGAAACACUUCUUAUGCAAAAACUUAAGAAGCUUCUUAAGGAUAUAGAAAGAUGUUUGUAAGUGCAAUUCCUCAACAGUAUCUGAAGAUUUUAUGAUUUUUCUUACCAUCUUCUCAAAUAUCUUCUUGGGAUGUUUGUUGCUAAGCAACCGUUUUAACUAGCAAUGCCAAUCAUGUUACCGUAUUUCUUACUGAGAUCACUAUUCUAAAACAAGUUCUUGGGUUUAAAUAAUCAAUACUGAUACUUUCAGAUGAAGUUUGUGUGAAUUAAACAUGUUCAAUUGUUUUCAAUUGCAUUUUCUCUCACUGCCCUGAGUUUAAGACAAGGGUUUCGCUAUCUUGGAAUUAACAACAUUUCCAUGAACUUUAUUUUCAAGAAUCUAAUUUCUUAACUUUUUGCUUAAGGAGAAGCAUAAGAAAUGUUCCAAUAACCCUUUUUGAGGAAUAGCAUCUUUACUUAGUCCAUAGUUAAGGAAAAAAUGGCAGUUAAGAAGACAUUUCUUCAUAAGAAGAUUUUGUGAAUCUGGGCCCUGGUCCUAUGUUCCCUUCCUUUCUGUGUGGGACCAUCACCCAGGGGUAUCCUAACAUCCUUCCCUACAGUCAUCCAUUAAAAGACACCUUGAGAUGAGCUGAAGGGAUUGUAAUGGCGGCAUGGAGAAGAUGACACGCUCGAUAAGGGGAUUGGAUUGAGAAUUAUGUUUACUGUACUCAUUAGCCUGGCAGGGAAGAGAGGCAUAAAGAAAGGACUGGUCUUUAAUGGAGAAAGUGUAAAACUAUGAAUUAUGUAACUUAUAAUUUGUGUAUAUAUACGCACAGGUCAUUAUUUCCUUCUGUAAGAAUGAAGAUAUAGACAUGUUUUUCUCCUUUUGUUGUGGCAAUAGUAUUUAAAUUAUUGUACAUUCUGUAUGAUAUGCUUUCUCAUUUUGUACAGAAAAUAUUAAAUAAGAUUGAUCACUCAA